AUGGCACUCCUGCGCCAAUUUAUUGCCUUCGGAACAGAUAAUGCCGGCAUUGAGCGAUCAUUACGCUUCGUCCAGGCUCUGGUCUCUCUCCUCGCCACAUAUCGGUUCUCUCAAGUAGCCGCAUUGCUGUCUCUAACGUCAACCAAGUUCCCACCGUCAACGUCAUUUCUGGAUUUGCGGGCGAAGAUCAACGUAACCAGGCGUCUCCUGCGUCUUUUCCGCUUCCUUGAGCAAUUCCAGCUGGGAUGGGAUUUGUAUUCUUCCAAGGUAUUGGAUUUUGAGACAUUGCUCGAUGUGCUCGGCAAAACAUGCCUGGGCCUCUAUGGCAUGCUCGAAUCAGUGACUCUGCUCGAUCUGCUAGAAGUAGACCAGCUGGAGAUAUUCGGUGCAGAGCAGACUGCUAAUUUAAAUCAUCAAGCUCAAGUCUUUUGGCUCAUCGCUUUAUGCAUCUCGCUGUUCCGCACUGGUGUUGCGCUGUUGCGCUGUCUUGGUAAACAAGCGGCGGCUCCUUAUGGGUCAUCCAAUCGCGACUCUCAAGAGAAGAGCUCCAGUGAAAAGAACGAGCAUCAGAAGGAAGAUGGGUCUGCGUCGGGAACACCAGGGGCGAAUCAACAGAAAGGAUCUGGGGAUCAAGUGGCACCGAAGGGCGGAGCGACGAUAUCCAAGGAGGCUGUCCCUUCGCUGAUGCUGAAGCUCGUAGCCGACACCAUGGACGUUCUCCUUCCAGCCACUGCUAUUGGGUUGUUCGAAGUUCAUCCUGCAGUGAUCGCACUGGCCAUGAUUAUCAGCACAGCAAUCACCGCCAACGACGUAUGGGCUAGGUGCGGUAAAGAGAUGCGGGGUCGCUAA